GUGGAUCGGCCUGUCCUGUCUCUCUUUCUCUCUCCUGUCCUCCGCAUUUUUCUCUUCAGUGCUGGAUCGAGCUGAGCUGCUCCCCCCGCUCCCUCCGUUUCCUCCUUCCCUUCCGCCUCUUCCUUGUCGUCUUCUUGUUAUUCACCUCGUCGCAGCGACGGGGGUUUCUCUCGCAUUGUGUUCAGCGUAUUCGUAGCGGCGUCAUUAGCUUCGGGUCGCGGCAGCAGAGGAAGAGGUAACGCAUGGGAUCUGGAGGCAGCAAAGAUGCUUCGACCGCGUCUUGCUCUGGUGGGAUCAGGAGGUUGAGAUUGAGGGGAGUUCGGGUCUUCAACUCUUCCUCAUCCUGUUUUGGCCUCACCUCCAUUCUUGCGGAUGGCCGUCAGAAGAUAGACGUGAAUGCACCAUCCAGAAGCUCCUAUGGUGCUGAUGAACCACAAAGUAAAACAGUCCAAGGAAAUGAACAUGACUCUGAAAAAAUUAUGCUACCUCAUCAUGAUGGCUUGAUUUUGCCUACUUCUUCUAAUGGUGAACAAUGUGGACAAGAUAACGAAGGUACAUUGCAGAUUGAUUUUAAUACCAACAGCAGUUUGGCUGUGAACUCCAUCGGCGACCAAUUGUCAAAUACUUCAGGAAGGUCACAUUCUCAUUUUACUUUUAAACCUGAUGGGAUUAGCUCCAGGCUCAAUAGAGCAGUCAGUUUAGGGUCAUCAGGGUCCCAUUCUCUUUUCUCAGCUGGUGUAUCGGUUCCAACUAGUGAUCUUGGACAAAAUAAUAUUGUAAACCAUGAUCAUGUUGAUUGUACACAAAAUUGUAGCAUAAUGGGAACUAGCUCUUCCCUAGAUGUGACUCCGCUUGAUGAAGGAAUAGAGACCACAAUUAACAGAGAUUCUGGUGGGAGCUUCAUAGAAUCAAGAAAUACAAGGCAGUCUCAAAGAAGACUAGCAACACAAGAAACUUUAGAAGGCAGUGUACGGUUUAGCAGAACACUUAGUGUGGGAAGGCUCCGAGAUAGAGUUCUACGAAGGACUGCAUUUUCUGAUGGUUUAUUUGAUCCUUCUUCCCUGGAGGAUAGGUUUGUGUGGCCCAACGGGCAGAUCAUUGGAAGACGAGCAUUGGGUGGCACUGGGAGAAGAGAUUCUUCUCCCAGAAGGACUAAUGAUUUGUUGCCUGAUUCUCCAAGUAAUGUUUCUUAUAGGGCAUCUAGAUCUAUGGAUAUCAAUGAUGACAAUGUUGUCGAUGCUCAUCAGCGGAGAGCUGGGAAUCAUGAUGUUUUUGAACACAGAUCAGCUUUCCUUGAAAGGAGAAGAAGGAUAAGGUCUCAGGUUCGUGCUCUUCAAAGACUUGGUAGCCGUUUUGAAAGCUUAUCAGGUCAUGAUAGAUCAUGUAUACUGUCUGGUCAACAUAGAACAGGCCACUGCACAUGCAGAACAAGUAACCAAACUUCAAAUGCUGCUGAUGACCCAAGUUCAAGGGCAAGCAUAUCAAGAAUUGUAAUGCUAGCUGAAGCUCUGUUUGAGGUUUUGGAUGAACUGCACCAGCAAUCUGUUGUACUAUCUUCUCGACCAUCCUUUUCAUCAAUUGGGUCAGUUCCUGCACCAAAAGAGGUUGUAGAGUGUAUUCCAAUAAAAAUAUUUAGCAAGACAUUGAAAUGGCAAAUUGAAGAGGCUGCGCAAUGUUUUAUUUGCCUUGUGGAGUAUGAGGAAGGAGAUUGCAUGCGGUUGUUGCCUUGCAAUCAUGAAUUUCAUCGGACAUGCAUUGAUAAAUGGCUGAAAGAAAUUCACAGGGUGUGCCCUCUAUGUCGCCAUGAUGUUUGCACAUCAGAUGCACCAAAUAAACAAAAGUUCAGCUAGAGAAGCAACUAGAUCCCGAUCAAAAUUCUUUCCUGCUAAUAAUUAGUAGGAAAAUAUUGUUUCUUCUCAUCAAGAAACCCAUUAUGAAUGGGUUUGGUGGUGUCGAUCGCCUUCUGUUUUGGAUUUCAUGUCCCCUACUGUGGACAAAUCAGUGAAGUGUGAACAACUAUCAGAUGAGAGUACUCUUAAUCUUGUAUUUUGUAGAUGAAACAACAAUAGGUUCAUUGAUUUGUCAACAUGGUGUUUCUGGUAAUAACUGCUUUUCUACGUUUGUGUUAUUUCUGCCCUCAAAUCCUUUAGUUAAAAAGCCCCAACGGGAGAACUGCACCACUCUACUUGGUGUGCACUUGCAGAA